GAGUGGGACGGGUUGGUUCUGAUGCGCGAGAGUCGUAUCGGACCCCUGGCGCUGAUCGGUGGGUGGGCGAGUUCCCGCUUUGGCUAAAGCUGGGGAUACCGGGUGAAGCAGGGGGCGAAAGAUUAUUAGCAGGUCGACUGCCUACGCUACCAGAGCGCACAAGCUUAUUGGGCCGUUGCGCGGCCUUCGCGGUUCCAUCACCCGCUGUUGCUGUUUCAGCUGAGACGCGGGACGAGGAGAACGAUUCCUUAGGGUGCGCCAAGACGGAGGGCUUGGUAGUAGAUGAUGUGGAGUCCUUUCUCGACUUCUUUGUCAAGAGAGAAGGUUUAGAGGGUGAAAUUGGGGUCGUAGGAGAAGGAGGGGAAGUUGAUGUCGAUAUAUUACGUUCAUGCCGCGGGGGCACACCAAUCGGCUCUGUAGGAGUGAUCGCAAACUCUCCAUGGUCAUUGAGACUAUGGGUCUCAUGGGUCAAUCGGUCAUCCAGACUUGUUCGAAAUUCAGAGGUUGGUGGCUGCUUGGACGGCGGAUAG